UGUCACCUGACUUGCACCUGACACUCGUCUUGUGAUUUUCGAGACUAGCUACUGAACUAAACUAGUAUUUGGCUCGGUGUUGAGUGAGUUGGACCUGAUUUGUACGUAAUAAGAGUUUCAAGAUGUCCAAAUUAGCUAAACUCAGCGAUGAGGAUAAAGAAUCGACGUAUGGGUACGUUUACGCCGUCUCCGGCCCUGUCGUUACGGCCGAAAAAAUGAGCGGAUCUGCUAUGUACGAGUUGGUGAGAGUUGGCUACCAUGAACUUGUAGGAGAAAUUAUCCGAUUAGAAGGUGAUAUGGCUACGAUUCAAGUUUAUGAAGAAACUUCUGGAGUAACCGUUGGUGAUCCUGUAUUGCGUACUGGAAAGCCGUUGUCUGUAGAGUUAGGUCCGGGUAUUUUGGGGUCAAUUUUUGAUGGUAUCCAACGUCCAUUAAAAGAUAUUAAUGAUUUAACACAGAGUAUUUACAUUCCUAAGGGUAUUAAUGUACCCGCUUUGUCGCGUACUAUUAAUUGGGAGUUUAAUCCCUUGAAUAUUAAGGUUGGUGCUCAUUUAACUGGUGGAGAUUUGUAUGGAAUCGUUCAUGAAAAUACUUUGGUUAAGCACAAAUUGAUUUUGCCUCCUAGGGCUAAAGGUACGGUCGUUUCGAUUGCACCACCUGGUAAUUAUACUGUUGAUGACAUCGUCUUAGAAACCGAAUUUGAUGGAGAACGUUCAAAAUACACAAUGUUGCAAGUAUGGCCAGUACGUCAACCCCGUCCAGUCAGCGAAAAGCUCCCAGCGAAUCAUCCCUUACUCACCGGACAACGCGUCCUGGACUCCCUCUUCCCAUGCGUCCAAGGAGGAACAACCGCGAUCCCCGGAGCUUUCGGUUGCGGCAAAACCGUCAUUUCCCAAUCGUUAUCAAAAUACUCCAACUCCGAUGUUAUUAUUUACGUCGGUUGCGGAGAACGUGGUAACGAAAUGUCUGAAGUAUUGCGGGAUUUCCCCGAAUUAACCGUUGAAAUCGACGGACAAACAGAGUCCAUUAUGAAACGUACCGCUUUGGUUGCUAACACCAGUAACAUGCCUGUGGCGGCUCGUGAAGCUUCAAUUUACACCGGAAUCACAUUGAGCGAGUACUUUAGGGAUAUGGGUUACAACGUUUCGAUGAUGGCGGAUUCAACUUCGCGUUGGGCUGAAGCUUUGAGAGAAAUUUCGGGUCGUUUGGCUGAAAUGCCUGCGGAUUCUGGGUACCCAGCGUAUUUAGGUGCUCGAUUGGCUUCUUUCUAUGAAAGAGCUGGGCGAGUGAAGUGUUUAGGAAAUCCGGAUCGUGAAGGUUCCGUUUCAAUCGUCGGUGCGGUAUCACCUCCCGGUGGAGAUUUCUCCGAUCCUGUUACUUCCGCCACGUUGGGUAUCGUACAAGUGUUUUGGGGGUUGGAUAAAAAGUUGGCUCAAAGGAAACAUUUCCCCUCAAUUAAUUGGUUGAUUUCGUACUCGAAAUACACUCGAGCUUUGGACGACUUUUACGAUAAGAAUUUCGCGGAAUUCGUCGCUUUGCGUACGAAAGUUAAAGAAAUCCUUCAAGAAGAAGAAGAUUUAUCCGAAAUCGUACAAUUGGUUGGUAAAGCUUCGUUGGCGGAAAGCGAUAAAAUCACUUUGGAAGUUGCUAAAUUAUUGAAAGAAGAUUUCUUGCAACAAAAUUCUUAUUCGGCUUACGAUCGUUUUUGUCCGUUUUAUAAAACCGUUGGGAUGUUGAAGAACAUGAUUGGUUUGUAUGAUAUGGCGAGACAUGCUGUUGAAUCGACCGCGCAAUCCGAGAAUAAAAUUACUUGGAACGUUAUUAGGGACUCGAUGGGAAAUAUCUUGUACCAACUCAGUUCCAUGAAGUUCAAAGAUCCCGUUAAAGACGGUGAGGCGAAAAUCAAGGCGGAUUUCGAUCAACUUUACGAGGAUAUUCAACAAGCUUUUAGGAACCUUGAGGAUUAGAAAUUUUAAUUUUUUUAAUUGAAAAAAAAUUAUAUAUAUAGCUAUGUAUUUGUACAAUAAUGUUCCAUUUGUCGCGUAUAUAAGAAAAAGAUUUUAAGAAAUAAUGAGAAGAAAAUAAAUUGUAAGAGAUGAGAAGAGUGCAUUUAAAGGAUUUUUGAUGAUAUUCUAUUGAAAGCAAGAAAAAUAAUGAAAAAACAAUGUAUUAUAUGUUAAAUAAGAUAGAAAUAGAUAUUAUGUAUAGAUAGAUAAUUGUUAUUCCAUUAAUUUGUCGAGAUAUGUCUUAAAUACAAAUUAGAAAUUUA